GACGAAAAAGGGUUAUUUGCGCGAAAGUAAGAUUGGAAUAAUAUAUUUCAAAUCGAAUUAAGGUCAUAGUUUGGACCUUAUACUCCCAAAGGAUGGUUAUUAAGCUUUUCCAAAGAUUUGGGCGAAAAUAAGGCUAUACGGUGGCGUAUAGGUAGCAUCGUUGCCAAGUGUAGUAAAAUUCUGUCGGCGGUAUCAGCCGAACGUUUCGGAAAACUGUCGUUUCAUUUCGUAAAAAAGCAUUGUCAUUCCGAUGUUCUCCGAAUAACCUCGGCAGUUUCCGCGCCAACAAAAACUUGGAUGGCGGAAUAAGCCGGUUUUCGCCGAAUAUUUACCUCAUUAGUGAAUAAUCCAUUACCAAAAUGGCACGUGUGAUGAUACGAAUAACCAUUGCCAUAAGGCUGAUUGAAGCCACAACAGAAAAUGUGACACAGUUUGAUGACCAUUAUUAUUCAAUAGAAUUUAACCGCGAAAUCAUCCAGUGUAAAAUGUGCCCCCCUGGAACUUUCUGGAUUGAAAACUGUAGUCAAGACGGUGGCCAGACAGUAUGUCAGGACUGUCCUGAUGGACGCUUUAUAAAGGACUACAAUAGAGCAAUUUACUGUAAAAGAUGUACGGAAUGUAAAGGGACUUAUAAAGAAUCUGGUGAAGUAGUAGCGGAUUCGUGUACACGAUUUCAAAACACAAAAUGUAUUUGUAAACCGGGGUAUUGGAGAGAAAAUGGAAUAGUCGGUGAUUGCCGAGAAGUAUCGCCGUGUUUGCCCGGAUUUGGCGUGAAAGAAUUGGCGAAAAGUCACAACAAUACAACAUGCGAGAGAUGUGUUAACGGGAAGACCUUCUCCAACAUCAGUUCCAAGGUAACGCCAUGCCAGAACUGUUCACUCUGUCUGGAGGGAUGGAUGCAGAAAUCUCCUUGUACCGAAACUGUGGACACUGUGUGCAUUCCAAAUGAUGAAGUAGAGGAAUACAGUGUUGGUCAUCAUAUUGUGGGAGCAAUCUGUGGCGUAAUAUUUGCAGUUGCAAUACUUAUUGGUAUCAUCAUUGCCUUUUGCUGUCGGGAAAGAACAAAUGGGCUUCCUCAAAUGUUGCAUAUCAGCAGGAGAAAUGAACAACAUCUAGAAAAGACAGACGAACGAGAAAAAAAAUUACUACGGUCAAACAGUCUGGAUCUUCAAGGAAACCAUAUCGGGACAGCAGUUAAUGAAACCCCUUGGCAAACCUUAUAGAACUGCAGUGUUUAGGUGAUCGGACAGUCAUUUUAGUGCAGUGCACGAACAGUUUCAUUCUAUUUCUUAAACCUCUUGGAUAUUUUAUGCUCCGGUAGGUAAAAAAAUCCACAAAACAUUUCAGCAAAAGAGUUUCAGGGGAUAUAUUAAUCACAAACUUUGCAUAAAUGCUUGUCAGUGAAUUAUAAAACUAAAAUUAUGUUCAAUAGAUGUUGCAGGUAUUAAAGCAACUGUGCACCAGAUGAUCAAUUUGCAAGAAAAAAAAAGAAAAUUGUCGAAAACUGACAUAAACUUGGUAUUGAUGUGUACAAUGCAUUGAAACUUACUAACUGAAGUACCACAUAGUUUGCAAUUUAUUUUAGUUUAGCACUUAUUUCUUAUUUUUCCAUUUAAAAAGAUACUGGGUAGUAGUAUUCAUUCCUAAUGCCUGAUUGGCUAGUCGAUGUUAUCACGUGAUAUUACCAAGUUAGGUAUAUAGCUUAAAUAUACCACUCGUUAGGAGUAAGCCUUCGUAGCACAGUGGAUACAACACUGGACUGCAAUUUUGGCGACACGGGUUCGAACCCGGUCUCCGACACACUUUUUUACAUUUUGGUACCUUUUUUACAAUUGUGAUAUAAAAUACGUAACACAUUCUAAUAAAUAAUUGUCCUGAAAUUUGUUACAGAAUAAACCUUUUUUGGCGCCAAUCUGGUGUACAGUCCCUUAAAACUCUAAAUCUGUUUGAGCCAAUUUUAAUCUACUUCUGACAGCCACUGCCAUCUCCAUUUGUUUUCGCCAGCUGUUAACUAUUGAAACCUGCGGAUAGAAACUUCAUUGUUUUACUUUUAUUGACAGUUUUAUGUUUUCAAUUUUGCCACUAAUUUUAGGUCGUAAGAGUGCAUCUUUAAAUAGAGUUUUUGCAAACAAGUUUUAAACGCAACUGCAUCUUUAUUGUAUACAUUUAGCUACACAUACCAUUGUCUUUCGCAUCCUCUCUGUUAUUUUACUUGCCCAAGGCCUAAAAAACAACUAAAGGUUCGGGUUGGCCGACCCAACCUACGAAAUGGGCUGAUGAAGUGGUUAAUUAUAAUUAUAAGUAAUGUUUCAAUAAUCAUAAGUUAAACCAUAUUGUGUGUUUAAAAUAUCAUACAAUUUCUGUCUCUUUUCAUCAGAUUUAUACUGGACCCCAGUGGAAAUAAAUCUUUGGAGUUUAUUACUGAUAUUGCUUUCCCCUUUCUGUGAUUUAAAUGAUAUAAAAAUAUUUUAGUUAUUUAAUCACUUUCGAGAGCUAUGAUACAAGGUAUAUAUAAAGACAGUGGUCUGUUGAUAUAAUUAUGUAAAUGUGUAUUGUUAAUGAUGGUGCAUAUGAAUUUGUUUUUUAAAACACAUUUUUUAUUUUUUGAAUACAAAGUAUCAUGUUAAGAAUUCUGUCCUACUACUGUGUAUGGUUGAUAUUUGUGUGAAGGCAGUAUUGUUCUUUCUUUUUUCAUUUCUUGUUGUUGAUUUUUCUUUUAUUAAAUUUAUAUCAUGUUCUACCGGUAUAUAUUAUAAUGUGAAGUGUUUUGCUCAAUACUAACAUUUUUUAUAAUUAUAUUUUUUAAACUGCACUUAGUUUUAUCAAUAUAUUUUUUGCCUAAAGACAAAAGCAUUAGUAACAGAUUGCGAAGCUAGUUUUCACUAAAAGACUUAGUACUGGAAUAUUGAAAUUCAUUCAAGCUAUGUUGGUUCGUAAAAAACAUGGCCGCCAGGGGGCAAGGCUAGUGAUAAGAAGAAAAAAAACAACAUUUUUUUUGUCCAAAACCGUCAGGUAUUGAGCUUAACACUUUGGUAUAUAGUAUUAUCUAGUUGGGCUAAUAAACCCAUUCCUAUAUUCCUUUAAAGCUUGUUUGUUGCUUUGAUGUUAACAAUGCUGAUAGGUGCAUAACACAUUUUCCUUAUAAAAAUUGCUACAAUUAAGGAACUAGGAAGAUGCGAUGAUAUAUUUAUGCAUCUAAACGAUUCAUGUGUGCUUAGUUAUUAGUGAUUGUGGCAGGUACCCAAUGUAUAGAUAUAAUCUUAUGAACGUUGUGUCAAAUACUAGCAAUACGGAAAUAAUUGAAAUAUAUUUGUUAAGAAAUGUUAUAUAAUGAUGCAAAAAUUGCAUUGAAGAAUUAACUGGGUAACAAAAAUAUGUGUGUGGCUUCAAUCCAAAGGUUUUGCUACGUCAAAUUGCUUCUUAAAUGUUUUUUGUUCCGUAUGUCAUUUUAAUCUGAAAUAUGAAAACUGUGUAGGUGUGCCAUCCGUAAGAACAACUAGAUAUGGACAGAGCUCUUUUUUAGGCCAGCUAGGUAAAAAAGAAAUAAGGUUCUAUCAAAAUUACAUGGAAUUUAGAAGGCUGGUCCGCAAUUGGACAUGUCCCUUAAUGUGCAAAUAUUCUUUUAUAAUUUAAAAAUAAAAAGAAAUUGAGAAUUAUAACGAGUUUCACUGAAUAUAUUUUAUCCUUAAGUCUCCACGGAAAAGAAGUUUUGUUUUCAGUUGGAUGGCCACACCCACUAGACAAGAUGUGGCAUAUUUUUUUCGGCAAGUAUUUUAGGUGUUACAACUUGGCAUUUUUAAAUAACAUUCUUUCACAAUGGUUGGUGCUGAUAUUGUCAGGACAGUGGCCGGGUAGAGAUUUAGAUGUAGAUGGUUACCUAUAGAUAGGGAUUGACCCAAUCAUGGGAGCAACCAUGCCUUUUUACGCUACUGUUUCUGAUAAUAUCAGCAAAAUCUGGUAGUAUUUAAAUUACAUGAUAAAUAAAAUUACUCCUCUUAGCAAUACAUUUCAAAGAUAUUUCCUAUCAAGCUAUAUUAAUUAUGAUAUUUUUACCAACUACACAUCAAUGUACCAUGCUUUAAUUCCCAUGUUUAUAAUGCUACUUACAAUACUGUUAUUUUAAUUUAUACGAUUAUCCUUUAAGUUAUACUUGUAUACAUGCAAAUAAUAAGGAACAGUUUUUGUAAAUACUUGUUCCACUAUUUGUACCUAUUUUAAACUAUGUGCUUUUAUUUCAAGGUCAUAAUUAAGCUCAUUGUUAUGUUUUUUAUGUUAUGUAUGUUUGUUAUUCAUGUCGGAAAAAUUGGUCAUUGAGCUUAUGUUUUUUGUUACCCGACUUUAAAUAAAUAUUAUUGUAUCUUGUAAAUAGAUUAUGUAAUAUGUAUAAACAGGAUUGGCAUGGUCAAGUUAGUAGCAGUAGAAAACUGUGUACAAUUUACUCUGUUGAAAAAAUCAACGGUAGAUGGUUUAGAUAUCAGAAGAUAUAUAUGUAUAUAAUGUGUCUUUUAGAAUUAUAUAAUGUGUCUUUUAGAACUAGCUCCAAUGAUCUAGACAUAGAAAAUGGCCGAUAGGUCAAAAUAAGUUUGUUGAAAAUCAAUACCAUUUUUUGCAUGUUUGUAUGGCAUAAUCCAGACGUAGUUAAUAUUAAGCAGUUUGUACCAAAAUUUAAUCAGACAGUUAUAGACAAUUUCAUGCAAGAAUGGCGAGAGAGUCUACAAAAUAAUGGUAUGUUGACAGUGUAUAAACAUUUUAAACAUAACCUUGAAUAUGAACAAUAUCUCGACAUUGUAACAAAAAAAUCACUGCGUAGCUGUUUAACGAGGAUGCGCGUAUCUGGUAAAAAUAUUACGUGUGGAAACCGGACGAUAUGGACCGCAACGUGUCAAUAGAGAAAAUAGACAAUGUUUAUUAUGUGUUAAUACUUUAAUAGACAUUGCAGAUGUGCUUCAUUUUGUUUUAAAAUGUGAUUGUUACAAAUACAUUCGGAAACGUUAUAUAAGCAAGUAUUACACAAGUAACCCGAGUAUGUGGAAAAAGAUUGAGUUGUUCUCAUCAAAUAAAAGAUCGGUGUUAAAUCGACUGUGUACUUUUAUAAGUAAAGCUAAUGAAAUAAGAAAGCUUACAAAACCUAUUAUUGAAUUACACUUGUAUGCCUUACUAGAUAAUUAGCUGUAUUUAUUUUAAAUGCUUUUGAAAUAAGAAAGACACACACCCUAAUCCAGGCCAAUUAAGGGAACCCUAAAAUGUUUUUUUUUUAAUACUGGUCAGUUUCAUCAAAAUCUUUAUUCACUAUUAAGGUUAUAAACAUUAUAUUAUUAUCAUAUUGGUAUGCUGAAUACAGUUGUUGUCUUAUGAUUUGUCCAUUUGUUUAAGAAUUAAAUUGAUUUUAUUUAUUUUUCUUAAUUUCGAUCAUGGGCCAUUUGCUCGUAAUUAAAUAUGUAUAUACAAUUGGAAGUAUUCCCUACAAUGGGUAUUCAACAGAGGAAAUAUUUCAAAGUUGAUGUAUUUAGAAAAGUAUAUUGAACAAUACAUAUACAGUUGUUAACAUUGUGAUAUAGAUAAACCUAUUUAUAAAUAAUUAAAUAUGCUUCGCCAUACAUGUAUACAUAAGCUAUUGUAUUAUGUUAUGUAAUAAUUUGAUCAAGGGUCAUAUUGGCUUAUUUCAAAUAUGUAGUGUGUUGAAUGUUGCUUUUGAUUACACUUUCUUCUUCUUCUUUC